AUGGCUAGACGUCGUCGGCUAAUCCUAGAGGCUGAUUCGGAUGAUGAUAUCCAAUCACCUAAUGCAUCCAUGCAUGCAUAUAUAUGUGAGGAUAUCACUCGGCAUCCUACUCAGCUAGAGGAGCAACAGUCGAACCGCCCAUUAUCUCCUGCCGAGACAUCAUUUGAAGCUCUGCAGAAAGGGGAGAAUUCCCCUCACCUGUCAAGUGCCAAGCGCGCGGAGACCAGAGCAGCUAAGCAAGGAGUUAAACCUCGCCGAGGCAGGGUGGACAACAACGCGAGCAACAGGCCAAGCGCAAGAAAGGAAGGGUUGCCCCGCUCUAGAAUGAUGUGUCUGUACUGGAAAGGGAUGAGGCUGAUCCGCAGCUAG